AUGACCGAGAGUAUCAACAGCUGGAACGACAUCCUUAACAUGUCAACACCAUCAACAUCUUCCUCCUCGUCGACCUCGACUUCGUCGUCUUCAGAAGCCUCCGACAACGACUUUCCCAAUCUGCUCCGUCUCUCCGAGCUGGAGCAACGAUUGACGGAAAUUUUGUUGGGCGGAGCUGUCAACACCGAUCCCUCCGAGCUCUUGGAGUUGUACGACGAGCUUGCCCAUUUGCAGCGGCAAAUUGUGAAUUUGGAGCAACCCGAAAAUCAUGAGGACGAUAACGAAGAUGACGAUGACGAUGACGACGAUGAAACGAGCAGUAAUCAUUCUCAGGUCUCUUCGGCAAGCACAACUUCUAGUGAAUUGCGCGAGAACGAACGUCUGCGUGCAGAGAAUGAAGUAUUGUGUCCGAAUGACAAUUUUCAGAGUAUCAACAGCUGGAACGACAUCCUUAACAUGUCAACACCAUCAACAUCUUCCUCCUCGUCGACCUCGACUUCGUCGUCUUCAGAAGCCUCCGACAACGACUUUCCCAAUCUGCUCCGUCUCUCCGAGCUGGAGCAACGAUUGACGGAAAUUUUGUUGGGCGGAGCUGUCAACACCGAUCCCUCCGAGCUCUUGGAGUUGUACGACGAGCUUGCCCAUUUGCAGCGGCAAAUUGUGAAUUUGGAGCAACCCGAAAAUCAUGAGGACGAUAACGAAGAUGACGAUGACGAUGACGACGAUGAAACGACCAGUAAUCAUUCUCAGGUCUCUUCGGCAAGCACAACUUCUAGUGAAUUGCGCGAGAACGAACGUCUGCGUGCAGAGAAUGAAGUAUUGUCGGCGGAGAGGGCCCACCUAUUGAGUGUCCAAUGCGAAUAUAUUCCAGGGUUGUUGAAUGCGAUUCCUCCUGGGUCUGUCGGCGAUUACAAUGACGACGGCCCGGGCUUUGGGUUUUCGGACGAUCCAUCUCCUCCCGUAGGAGGCUCUGAUAAUAGAAAUGGCUGGGUAGGGAAUGUCCUGGGAAAUUUAGAUGUCACAACAUUGCUGCUUGGGUUUUUGACAGUGGCAUUACGCUCGAAACUCCCCCCACUUUAG